CCCGCCUCCGAGCGCCAGAUUCCCGCCCUGCCGGAAAUCCCGCCGCAGAAGAAGAGUCAGACCGGAACCUAAACAGCGCGGCAGAGCAGCGCGCGGCGGAAGAACAUUUUAAUCUCUGUGAAAGUAAACAACAACAACAAGCAUCUGCAGGCUCAUGGACUCUCCACCUGAAACUCUCACCUGGUUACCGUUGGUUACAGCAUGGCGCGCUCUGAUUGGACAGAUAACUCACUGACUGCACUGCCUCCAGAUCUCCAGCCAGCAGCAGGAUGUCUGACUCCUCUGAUGAAGAUGACCAGUGGAAGGCGGAGUCUACCCGCAGGAUGUGGGCGGAGUCUCAGCCGGGUCCUUCCAGGUGUCAGCCCAGCAGACAGGGUUAUUGUGGAUACUGCAGAGUCCUUUACAGCAACCUGGAACAGCACCUGUCCAGCCUCCGACACCUGGAUUCUGUCCGGGCGUCCUCCCGAGGCUCCAGCACUGUCUCCUCCACCAGCAGUAGCAGAACCAAACUAACCCUGCUGGAGCGCUUCCUGCAGGACGUCCUACACCACCACCCGCACCGCUACAACGACCCCAGGCCGUCUCACGCUGACCUCCCCUCAGUCGCCGCCCCUCCGUUGCCGAGGGAGGAACUUGAUGAACUCCGUUUCUCUGACGACGACAGCCGGUCACUCGGCACCCGAGAACAAUUGCCUAGCUCUGACGACGCCUCCUGUCAGCCGGCCAGUCAGUCAAAGAGAGUCAUAGAGGGGGCGGGUCAGGAGAGGGUGUCUACACCAAUCAGAGAGCGGGAGGAAGGAGGGGCCGCCCCUCCAGGGCACACACAUUCAUCACACGCACAGACCCCGCCUCCUGUCCACAGGAAGGCCCACAGGAAGACGAACAGGAGGAAAACCAGCGAGUCCUUGUCCCCCUCACCGCCCCACAGGGAUUCAGGUCCUGGUCCCCAACCCUCCUCAGAGCUGAGGCCCUCCCUGACUCCUGGUCUUGACCCCGGAACCUGUCAACCAUCAGAGCUCAGGCCCUCCCUUACUCCUGGUCUUGGCCACAGAACUUGUCCCCCGUUAGAGCUGAGCCCCUCCCUGAGUCCGGGUCCACACCCUGGAAAAUGCCCCCCAUCAGAGCUAAGGCCUUGGCUGAGCUGGCAGAAGGAGAGGAGAGAGGCUCAUAAAGAGGAGGCCUUCUCCUCAGACCACAGUGACCCCCUGGACCAGACUAUCGAGGAGGUGAUCCAGAUGUGUUGUUAUGGCGUCAGUUCCACUUCCUGCCACCAGCGGGAGACAGAGCGCUUCCACUUCAGCCUUCCAGUCUCCAUGGAAACACAGAGUGACGACUGGGACUCACCUGUCCAGGUGGUUUUACAGCGAGGACCAACACUCAGUAACACACCUGUCCAGGUGAGCCAGAUGGAGGAGCAGGACCUCAGCCGCCUGAUGGACGUUCAGGUGGACCUGGAUGACCAGGUGUACUCGCACCAGCUCGACUCUGCCCUCCACAGUGAGCGGCGUACUGGUAACGGGGCCCGGAAGGACGAGGGCUUCUGGACUCUGCCGAUAGAGGAGGUCCUGCCGGCCCCAGCAUAUAUCCCAGAGUCCUUCAGGGGGAAGACUUGGGCCCAGAUCGAACAGGAGGACGAGGAGAAGGUGGACAAAUUGGUCCGACAAUUCAGACAGGAGAGAUUUAUCUGCUACUUCGACACAGAGUCUCUGGCCAGGUAUGGUAGGAGGAGCCACAGCAAGAAGGGGCGUAGUGAUAACAAGGAGGCGGGGACAGACCCUGGCGUCCUGCCUUUAUUGGACCGUGAUGAAGAUGACUCAGCGUACAUCAGGAGGAAGAGAAAGAGGCGGGCCUUCAGGGUGGCGUCCAGGUGUCAGGUGGUGAAAGUCAGUCACAGCACUCAGACAGUCCAAUUGGUCGUCCCAGCUGUCCGUCAACCAACUUCUGAGGCCCCGCCAACCAACACACCGUCAGCCAAUCAGGAAGCAGCAGAGAGGACUCCUGAUGUCCAGACGUGGCGCUGCCUCCCUUCGUCAUAUUCAAACAUUAUCACGCCGCUGCAGCCUCGCACCUCUGUAGUGUACCUGCUCUGCUCCCCCUCAAGCCCCACCUCCACCUACACACCUCUGUCAGGCUCCGCCCCUAAACGCUGCAGGAAAAAGAGGCGUCCGCUGGACCUGCAGGGGUUAAAGGUCAAAUACAAACGGCUUCCUGUCAGGUUCUACGACCCCGGCAGCAACCGCAUCCUGAAGAACCCCCCAAAGGGCUUCCUGUGGCGCAGAGGCUCCGCCCCCUCCGGCCCACCGCCGCCAUGCGUCCGUCAGCUGUUCAGAAGUCUGAGUCCGGACCUGAACACCGACAGGCCGCCAGGGGAGGUGGCUGCAGGGUCCUCCAGGGUCAAAGGUCAGAGGUCAUCAGACACCGCCUUCAGCCACGUCAACAGCUUACUUCUGGGCACGCUCAGUGAGGACUCAGCACAGACUGACAAACAGGAAACAGUCAGAGGGCAGGGCAGGAUGUCUCAAGCCCCGCCCCCUCAGAGCAGGUCAGAGCGGGGGAGGGGGGGUAGGAGGGAUAGGACACAACCUCCAUUCCCCAAGAGAAGGACCAGGGCUCAGGCCACGCCCCCCCAGCCCAGGAGAGAAGGCCUGCGACGGGCAGGACUCAGCAGGAAAGUCCCUGGCUCUCCAGGCCCGCCUCACCCUCCUGCACCCCGCCGGGGGAAAGCCAGGAGGGGGCGGGGCUGCGAGAGGGGGCGAAGGUAGCAGGACUCCUGGACAGGUAGCAGGACGCCUGGACAGGUUGCAGGACGCCUGGACAGGUAGAAGGACACCUGGACAGGUAGCAGGACUCCUGGACAGGUAGAAGGACUCCUGGACAGGUAGAAGGACUCCUGGACAGGUAGCAGGACUCCUGGACAGGUAGAAGGACACCUGGACAGGUAGCAGGACUCCUGGACAGGUAGAAGGACACCUGGACAGGUAGCAGGACUCCUGGACAGGUAGAAGGACACCUGGACAGGUAGCAGGACUCCUGGACAGGUAGAAGCACACCUGGACAGGUAGCAGCCUCAUUUAUGAACUUUAUGAAGAGACACUUGUCAGUACAGAAAUCAGGAAGUUGAACAUCAGCAUUAGCUCGUUAACCUGAUGGAUCUGAAUAAAGACUAAUCAGUUUAAUUGAUGAGUAACGAGGUUUAUAAACGAGGCUGCUGGACGUCCUGUGGAAGUCAGCUGAUGUCAAUGUUAAAAUGAAAUCUGAUCGUUCUGAAAGUCAUUUGACGUUUGUGUGCAGAUACAGUUUGAUCAAUCUUCUUUCCUGGUGCAUAAAAACAUUUGGUCAAUAACUACAGAUUUUCAAACAAACAGGGUUUUAUUUUCAGUUUUUCAUCCAUGAUGGAAAUAAAACUCAUUGCAGGACUGAAGCUUUUAUUUUAGUCAGAAAUCAUGAAAAUAUAAAUCAUUAAAUGUUUGUCCUGCAGCAUGAAAAGAAAAACAUUUUGUUACACAUGAAAUCUCAUCUCAUUGAAAUAAAACGUGAACUCGAAAUUUUAAUUUGGUAUGAAAAUGAAAAUGUAGUUAAGAAUCAUGCUAAUUAAACAACGUGUGCACACAAAUGGAAGCUGAAAGUUGGAACUGAUGUGAUUUUAUUCUAAUGUUGGCGUCUUUCUAAACACUAAACACACCUGCAGCUUGUGUCCGACAGGUGAGGUGCUGUUUCUUCAGGUACUGGUGUUGAUAUGUCGCGUUGUUGGUGUCACAACGUUUUAUAACUUUAAAUAUUGAUACGUUGAAUAAACAACUUUUAUAACCUGA